AUGUCGCUAAACGGCUUAGACGAUCCCAAGAUUGUAGAGGCGCACGAGGCUGGCGUUGCUGAGCCUGGAGGAUGGUUUCUCCUCAAGUAUUCGAGUCGCGACGAAGUCGAGUUGUUGGAUAAGGGAAAUGGGGGCAUUGUCGAAAUUCGAAAUGCCAUUGCCGGCUUUGAGGAAGAAAGCCCAUUGUACGGCUUCCUGCGGUACCGGAGGAGGAAUGUCAUUGUCAAAUACCUACCUGAAGACUGCUCUCGGCUCAUACAAGCUCGAGUUGCCGUGCACUUCAAUGCCGUCUGCGAACGAUUUUCCCCAUACGAUACCAUUUUCGAAAUCUCUACGGCUGCCGAGCUGAGAGACACGAAGCUAUCCGCUGCCUGCUCCCUACAUGCGGCAUCUGGAUCUACAGCAUCAUCCAUCAGUUCACGAAGACGACGGUUGGUAGAAAUCGCCGAGGAGGACGAAGAGGAUCAACGAUCAUCAAAGCGACAGUCAGUGCUGGAAUCCGACGACGGCCGGCCGCGAACACCUGGCGACAGGUCUACAGCUGCAGAUGAGGUCAAGCUAAACUCUGAGCUGGCAUCUUCGCCCGAGCACAGCAAAUUUGCAGGCUCGACGACUUCUGAGGUCCCCAAGUUUCUAGGCAUUCCCGACGCUCCACCUUCGCCUACGAGAUCGGUCGAUACCACCGACAGCUACAACUACUACCCCAGCAAACCAAAGGUGAAGCUCGCCCCCCGACCUACGGCCGACGGUGCGAUAAGGCCACAGACUGCUGGAAACUUUAGACCAGUUUCAUCUCUACCGGCUGGGUACAAGUUUGGAAAGGGCCAGAAGAAGGGCAAAGGGAAGGACGGAGACUCUGCUUCUUUGAUUCAUGAAGAGAUCCCAGAGAUGGAGCCGCCUGCUGAUACUACUACGUUAUCGGUGCCAGAGGACUCAUUGGGAAUCACUACCGAUGCCUCACGACCAUCCACGAGCACGGGACCAGCGGCUGAUACGUUGUCUGUGCUGUCUGUGCCGGUAGCGCCAGCCAAACCUACCAUUACCCCCGAAAAAGCUAGGCUCAUGAAGGCCAUGAAGCUUAGGGAGAAGAAGAAGCAGCAGCAGCAAAAGAAGCAGAAGCAAUCUGCAGAAGGGACCGAAGCUGGAGUGGAUACACCCGGCCCCGAAGAUAAGAAUGCAAUCACGGGAGGAGAAGACAGUGAGGGAAAGGAUGUGGAGCACGCUGCGGAUGCCGCUAUUGAAAGCCAUGAUAAUGAUGAUAAUGAUGGACCAGACGCUGAAGAAGCAAACACUCCAGAGGAUGAAGAGAAGCAAAAGAGCGAAGCAGCUGAAGAUGGAACAGCCUCCAUCAGCCAAGCGGAUUCGGGCGUGGUCUUGGAUAGUCUCUCGUCGUCUGUGCAGAUAGAUGAAGUGUCUGAGGGAACUCGAUCGGAGUCUCGUGCCCAGAGCCCGGCAGUUACCUCUUCGGAGCACGAGCACGAUGAGUCGACAGCCGCAUCUUCCCUUUCGGAUUCCACCGACGAGACCGUUCAUGCGAAGAAUCAAGAUGAAGGCCGAGACGCAGAAGUUGACGUAUCGGCAUUGCUGUCGCCUGCAGCUGUUGUCGCAGCUACUGAUGCAGCUACUGAUACUGCUGCAGCAGCUGCAGCCUCUUCUGCCGCUGCAUCAUCGUUGGAAGAAGAUGAGUCGACCACGACGAGUCAAUCAAGAGAGACUGGCAGCUCAACCGCAUUGGAGCCCACUGAGAUUGCUGCCGGGGCUGCUAAUAAGGGAUCGGCUAAGGCCGAAAAUGAAAAGGAGAAAAAAGGGAUUGCAGUGCCAAUUUCAAAGUUCUCGGCGAAUAUUCCGACGUCAAAGGACCCACCGGCCGCCUCAUUAAGUGGCAUGGGAUCUGGCGCAGGCGAGAUUCCACUCGGUGCGACCCCCGGCGAUGUUGCGCAGGCAACGGACAAAGGGGAAUUAGAAGCUUCUCCACCAUCCAUCCUCUCGACGCACGACUUGGUCGCCUCACAAACAACCGUCAUGGAGAUGGAUCUCCAGACGGACCCGUUGCCGGGCGCUCAUCCUCAUGAGGCAAUUCCUGCAGCAGCGACGGCUAGUCAGGCGGCCGCUCCCGACGAGCCACAGCUGCGCUCCAAACGCGCGGCUGGGCUGGCACCGAUCCGCACCGAUCUGGGCGACGUUGACAACGACAACGGCGACAACGACAACGAGGACGGCGACAACGACAACGACGGCGAUGCCCUCGUCCAGGAGGCCCAGGGCGACGACGCGCAGAAGGAUAAUAAGCCAAUGGUUGCCACCAAAUCUCCGCUCACCCCUGUCUUCCCCAGCGCUCCCAUUGCGAAUGGGCCGCUAGGCGCUAGAGCUCCACCAGCGCACACCGUUCGAACAGUCUCUAAUCCUGUCCGUGGCAACUUCAUCGCUCCGACAGAUGUAACUCAGUCUACGGCGCGUUCUCUGAGUUCGGGCGCAGCUUUCUUACACAAGGUCACGCAGCAGCAGUCGGCCAGCCUCGCCACCAUGAAGCCCAACGUCGGGUCCAGUAUUUCGCAGCGCAUCAAGGCGCUCGAGAAGCUGUCGGCCACAUCAGGUGAUCAGUCGCGGCCCGUCAGUCGAGAGCGGCCGUCGUCGACCUUCUUCGCCGUGCAGAAACGGGACACGUCCAGGCCGCCGUCGGUCGUGGACAGGACAAAAUCCCUCAAGGGCCGGGCCGCCUCGCCGACGCCUUCGCACCAGGACGAUGCGCUGUUCGAGGGCAGAGUGCGGCUGCAGAGAUCAGGAUCCGUCGUCAGUCGGGUGUCCAUGUUUGAGCCGCUGGCCGCCUCUGCCUCGAGCCCGCCGUCGGGCCUGGCGCCCGGCACCCAGUCGCGAGGCCGGCCGGAAUCCGUCGCCAUCACCACAAAGAUCAUUCGGGACCCAAGCCAGCUGUCUGGGUAUGAGCUGCCAAAGGACGCUUCUGAUUACGGCUAUCAGUCGCCGCUCACGGCAGACCACCACCGAGGUGAUGACGGCUCAGAACGGAGGUCCAGAUCUCGAGAGCGCGGCGGCGAGGACGACAUGGGUAGGCGAUCCUCGCUAAAUGCGGUAAAGGGGUUCUUCAAGGACCCUCGGAAGACGGUGACGGUGUCGACUAACAUGCGCCAUACCAUAGUUUCUAGGACAACAACCCAGUCGCCCAGCAGUGCGAGCCACCGCCUGUCUAUUGGCAGUCGCCGCUCCAUAACCUUGGAUCGCGACAUCUCUAGUGUGACUGAAGAUUCCUUUUCCGGCGAUGAGAAGUCUGACAAGAAGACGUCGCGCGCCGGGCGCUUUAUGCGCAAGCUUUCUAGUCUCUCCAGUGGGUCAAAGAGCAGCAAGACGAAUACGGCCCCCUCGCCAGACGAGAGCCGUGCUGCUGCUGCAUCUCAGAAUGCCGGUGCAGACCGUCAACAACAGCCUGCAGCGGCUCCUCCCGUCAGCUCCGGCGAAGCAUCCAUCGUAUCAGAUAUGGGAGACGUUAACGUCCAGUUCCCCGAUAACCUGCUGUGGAAGCGACGUAACCUCUGCCUCGACUCACAGGGAUUCAUUAUCCUCAGCGCUCUGCCAGCGCAGAGCAGCCGAACGGCGCAGGGAACCAAGAAGUACCACAUGGGCGAGUUUCGACAGCCCUACACUCCGGACGUGGAGGUGCAGGAGCUGCCAAACAGCGUAGUCUUGGACUUUGUCGAGGGCACUGGCAUCCAGCUGGCGUGUGAGGAUAGGAACGGACAGAUGAAUGUGCUGCAUGUUUUGCAAGCUGCUCAUGCUAACCACAGCCGAUGA